AUGUCCCUAGAGAGGAAUUUUCAGAGCGCAAAAGACUCUUUUGAAGAGAGAAUUUUGCCUAUACAGAUAGGCUGGAAUUUGUCGGUGGAAAAAAUCGAUACUUUCUUUGAACGUCAAGAUACACGCGGAUACAAAUUUGACAUCGAUUCAAAAGGAAACAUAUUUAUAGUUGAAAUGGAAAAAGCGGAACACGCAUCUGUUGUUGGACUGCUUCAAAAAUAUUUUGAAGUUCCCAAUGGAGGUAUCAUUAUUAAUCCUCCGAUAGAUGUUCUAGGUGCUUCAGCUCACUAUAAGCCACGUGGAAGAGGAAAACCCUCGGCACCUGAUAUUGCUAUAUAUCCAAGUUUGAGUAUCAUUCCGAAACCUCCAACUCCAGCUCCACCUCCACAAUUUGGACUAAGAAUUCUUAGAGCUCCUCGUAUACCUUCCCGACAUCGCGAAAUUCCCCCAGUUGAUAAAACGGGAAGACCCCAUGCACGAAUAAUGUGCGAAGUUGCAGUAUCUCAAAAGUAUGAUGGUCCGAGAGGUUGGAAUGCAAAGUGUUGUCGUUGGAUGCGACAACAAUACGUAAGAUGUGUAUUCGGGAUUAAAAUUUAUAAUAAAAGCUCUACAAGGAAUGCGAAUGGUCAAUUUGACCGAUGUAUGAUUGCAAGACUUUGGACACGUCAGGUAACACCAAUACCAGGAAGACAUAUAGCAGUAGCAGGACAGCCAGGAGUUUAUUAUGAGGAGUGGGAUUUCGGUACUCACGGUUAUUACACUGGUGUUCUUACUGCUUGCACGGGACCAGGUUUACUUAAUUAUCAAGUUAAUAUCCCAAAUCAGGAUGUAUUCUGGAACCCGCCUGUGAUCGGGGGAGCCCCCCUCCACAGUUAG